AUGAGAGCGACACCCAAUUUACUAGCCAAAGGUUUCUUCGGCCGGAGUUUAGAUGAAUUCAAGCGGUUAUCAGGAAUUGCUCUCCGAGCAGAAGGCACCAAACACGCCACGAAACCUUACGUCCUCACUUCAUUUCACGAUGCCUCUUCUCUCGAAGACUGCAAGUUGAUGUCCGACGCGGACAUGGGCGGCUUCUCGCACGCACAUCUAGACUUCAUCCCACCCGUCACAACCACCUCAAGCUCUCCCCUCCCCUCCUCCGAAAACAAAAACGGCCACGCGAAAUUCCACGGCAGCAUAUCAAUCGAGCUCCCCCCAAACAAACCACAUAUCCAACGGUCCGGCUACGCAGCGUGGCGGACAAAAGACCGCGCUUUCACGAUCUUCGGGAAAUCGCUCUGGGACAUCGAUCCUUACGCCUUCCUGGCUCUCCGCAUCAAAUCCGACGGCCGCAAAUAUUUUGUUAACAUCCAGACAGAGAGUAUUGUGCCUACGGAUUUACAUCAGCAUAGACUGUAUGCGCGGCGGCCGGGCGAGUGGGAGACGGUGCUGAUCAAGUGGAACGAGUUUGUGCGGACGAAUCAUGGGGUUGUGGUUGAGCCGCAGACGGAGCUGUUGAGGCAGAAGGUUAGGACGGUGGGGAUUGGGUUGAUCGAUAGAGUACCGGGGCCGUUUGAGCUCUGUGUGGAGAGGAUUUGGGCGAGUAAUGGGCUGGGGCAGGAGGAUUUGAGGGAAGACGAUAGGAUUGAGGAGGGAACGUUGAAGAGUAAGCAUGGGGAAAAGAUUAGGUGGGGUGACGAGAAGCAUAAAACGUAA